CCCGCGUCCCCGCGCUGCGCCGCCCGGCCGGGUGCAUGCAUUGUGGGCCUCCCGACAUGGUCUGCGAGACGAAGAUCGUGGCCGCCGAGGACCAUGAGGCGCUGCCGGGGGCCAAGAAGGACGCGCUGCUCGCCGCCGCCGGCGCCAUGUGGCCCCCGCUGCCAGCCGCGCCCGGGCCGGCCGCCGCGCCCCCCGCGCCCCCGCCCGCGCCGGGUCCCCAGCCCCGCGGCAGCGCGGGGGGCGCGGGCCCGCCGGGGGGGCGCGGCGUGUACAUCCGCGAGUUCCGCGCGGCCGAGCAGGAGGCGGCGCGCCGCAUCUUCUACGACGGCAUCAUGGAGCGCAUCCCCAACACGGCCUUCCGAGGCCUGCGGCAGCACCCGCGCACGCAGCUGCUCUACGCCCUGCUGGCCGUGCUCUGUUUUGCCCUGACCCGCUCGCUGCUGCUGACGUGCCUGGUGCCAGCAGGGCUGCUGGGCCUGCGCUAUUACUACAGCCGGAAGGUGGUCCUGGCCUACCUGGACUGCGCUCUGCACACGGACAUGGCUGACAUCGAGCAGUACUACAUGAAGCCGCCGGGCUCCUGCUUCUGGGUGGCCGUGCUGGAUGGCAACGUGGUGGGCAUCGUGGCGGCGCGGGCCCACGAGGCAGACAACACAGUGGAGCUGCUGCGCAUGUCCGUGGACUCGCGUUUCCGUGGCAAGGGCAUCGCCAAGGCACUGGGCCGCAAGGUGCUGGAGUUCGCUCUGGUGCACAACUACUCUGCGGUGGUGUUGGGCACGACGGCCGUCAAGGUGGCCGCACACAAGCUCUACGAGUCGCUGGGCUUCAGACACAUGGGCUCAAGUGACCACUACGUGCUGCCUGGCAUGACCCUGUCGUUGGCUGAGCGCCUCUUCUUCCAGGUCCGCUACCACCGCUACCGCCUGCAGCUGCGCGAGGAGUGACCACUGCCCACCCGCCCGCCCACCUGCCGCCCUGGCCGCCCCAUCCGCCUGUGCCCGCCUGCCCACCGCCCAGACCCGCUUUCAGACGCUCACCUUGGCGUUUGUGUUGGGUUUUUUCUUUUCAACAUCACGCGGUUCUCUGGCUGGUUCUCCAGGGGGUGUGGGGCUGUUGCUCAUCUGUGACACUUUGGGGGCUAGAUUGUUUGCAGCCACGGCCCCUCGCCCUCCCCAGCCUGCUGGGGCUGCGUCCUGAAGAGUGACAGCAUGGACCACCACGUGCCCACUCAGCUGCUCAGCCUGCUCGAGGGGCCUCUUCCAGCCCAACGCCGUCGGGGCAGGCCUAGCCUGGCCCACCAAGCACAGAACCUCUGCACCACGGCCCCUGCCCAGCAGACCCCUGGCCGCCAGCCAGGCAAUGGCUCAGCUGUCAGUCCCCAGGAGGUGUGGCCUGCUGGGCUGGCCAGCUACUGCCCCAUGGGGCACCGAGCUGGCCAUGGGCCCCGCUUUGCUCCGUGCAUGCUGAGGACAUGGCCUGGCUGCAGCAUGCCGCAUGCCCACAGCCUCCUGCCCUGCUGCCCUGCUCAGACUGGGCCUAGACUGGUGAGCACCCCCUGCCCGGCCUUGGAGCUAGCCUGAGCUAGAGCUAGCCCUGGCAGCCCACCUGCUCUCUGGAGGGCUUGCCUGUCUCUCACCAUCCCUUGCUCUGCCCGGCCCAGCUUUGCUUUGACAUUGAGUCAUGUUUCUUUCCUUUUGGUCUCUGUCCCUCCUCUGCCCCGGCUUUGCUGAUUGGCAUCAUCACCCAGGUGUGGUUCCCGUAGCAACCUGUUGCACAGCCUGGUCAGGGUCCUACAGGAGAGCAGAGGGGAGACAGUCAUGCAGUCGCCUGUCCCCAGUGCCAGCUAGAUGAUGGUGGCCUCUCCCAGACCUCCCCGAGGACCACUCUGCCUAGCGGCUGAUGGGCUCUGUCCUGUGAAUCGUACUAAGCCAGGCCGCUGCCAACACCACUGAGCCCACAGCUUCUCCCAGCCUGAAACCGACCUAUUUUUUAAUAAGUUAUUUAGACAGAAUAGCACUCUGCAUGACUUUAAUUCUUGGGACAAAAUGGUAGUUUAUACCUUAACAUACACACACAUACACACAUACCUGUGUGGUCUAGAAUAUGCACUAUUUCUGGCCCAGUUUGGUGGGGGCGGGUGGCUGGGUGGGUGGAAGGUUUCAGAUUUUGAGAUCUGGAGGGAGACCCUGAUUUAGCAUUCUUUCCCCCAAAAGAGCAUUCCUGGGUUGUGAGGAGGCUCUGGGGAGCCCUUGUCCAGCCUUGACUUGUGCGACUGAGGCCAGGGGUGGCAGCAGAUUCCCUGCUGCCUUUGGGAGGGAUGAGUGCUGUCUACUUUGGCUUGGGGGUAGGGGUGGCCUGGCUGUGCCCCCAGCCUCUCCUUCCUGAGGUGGGAGGCAGCUGGCAGGUGUAGGGUGGCCUGGACAGUGGGGGGACAAGAGGGUUGGCAGUGCCCACAGGUCCAGCUUGGAGUCCUGGGCCCAGCUACAGUGGUAGGAAGGCCGUAAAUGCCCACGGAGGCCCCUCUGUUUUGGGAGCUGGGAGGGAGGAGGAUGGUGGACCAUGGGUCUGGGUCCCACAUACGGGAUGCGGAGGGGAUGUUCUUGAAAAGGCACUUGGGAAACGAGCAGAUGAGUGAAAUAAGCCCAGUUUGCCGAGGGGCCUUUUGUGCUGUCAGCAGUCGGGAUAUUUGCAGAACAUUGUAUAGCCCCCACUCUCCCCUGUACAUUUCUCCCUGGUGGCGUCCCGUCCCUGCUUGGGGACAGGAGUUUUGUAGACUGUACAGAAAUCGGCACCCUAUUUUCUUGCAGCUCUCAGAUUUUGUUAAUCUGGAUUAUACAGACAGACGUAAAGUGUUUUAGCAAAAUGGAAAACAAACAGUUGUGCCUUUU